AUGCUGCUCGCCCAGCACCGGUGUAGUGUGGCUUCUAGGCCAUUGACGACGGUAUGUUGUACGGCAGCGACGCCGGCAGUUGGUAGUAGGUCAAAAAUUACCACCAGCUACAGCAGCAACCACAGUAGAAGCAGCGUCCUAACGCCAACGUCACCACUGACUACAACGACCCAAAAACGGUCCUACCUGACCGGCGGCGACGAGCACGUGGAUGUGCUUUGCAUCGGCGGCGGGGUUAUGUCCGCGUCAGUAGGACUGCUUUGCAAAUUAUUGGAACCCUCGUGGUAUCAAAUGUAAAAAUGUCUGGGUCUGGAAGAUUUCGGGAUUUGUGAUGCAUAUUUUGUAUGAUCCAUGACGCACGUAAUGCAUGAUCUAGCAUCACAGAUUUUUAGAGGGUUCCCUAGUGCCUAUUCCGCAUGAGAAAUUCCCUCUCCGCGUAACACAAACUGGACUCCUGUUGCUGCUCAUGCAAUACAGAUUCUUUUGGAAUCCAAAUUCAGCAUCACAAGUUGCAUUCUUCCAGACCCAGACAUUUUUACAUUUGAUACGUGGAACGUGAAAAUCAUCGAGCGUUUAGAAUCCCCGGCGAUGGAAUCUAGUGAAGCGUACAACAACGCAGGAACCUACGCAUUGCAAACGUAAACGUGCUAUUAAGUAGAAAUCGCAUGACAAUUUUUUUUAAGAAGGAAACCGAAUCUGUCAUGCAGAUUCAGGUAAGAAGGCAGAAGCACAAGCAGAUCUGCCAUGCAGGAUUGCGAUUGCGGCAAGUGUGAUUACAUUUUUGCAGUGGAUAGGACCGGCCACGCCGCUUACUGCGAGCUAAACUACACGUCGGAGUCACAGUUAGAAACCGGAGAGCACCACGUGGAGAUCGCCAAAGCGCUCGACAUUUGCGAGAAAUAUGACAGUGCACAAGAACUCCCCCUCCCCUUCGAUUUGUUAUGCAAAGUACUUCUACCGAUUGCGCCCUUUGUCUCUUGGCACUUUUUGCAUGACAGAUUCUGGCAGCGCAAAGUAGACAAAGAGCACUGCAAUCCGGCGUUGAUUUGUCAUGCAAAACCUGUAUCAUUACUGACACUUGCAUUGCUGUUCAUGCUAUACAAAUUAGGGGGAGCAGGGGGAAUUGUGCACGGUCAUAAGAAAUUCCACGUCUCCAAACAGUGGUGGGCGUAUUUGACGUAUGCAAGAAAAAAACUGUGUAAGUGUAAAUUUGUGUUGCAGAACAUGCAGCAGAGAUACACCUGUCAUGCCGGACAACCAUGCGGCCCUCUUUUCAUGUGUGUUUUCCCUUACAAGCCACGCAUGACAAGCUCUCUCUGUCAUGCGGAGCAAACUUGUGAUGCCAUUCCUUCAAGAAAGUUACACUAACACAGUUUUUUUCUUGGAUAUGACGAAGGAAAGGAUUUUAGACAUCCCGGUCACGAAUUGGUUAAACCACACACCACACCUCUCCUUCGUGCACGGAGAUGCGAACGUCGCGAUGUUAAAACGGCGGUACGAGCGGCUGAAAAAAGAACCACUGUUUUCCUCGAUGGAGUUUACGGAGGACGAGAAAACCAUCGCGGAAUGGGCACCUUUGAUCAUGGACGGCAGACAAUCCGGGGCGGAGAAGCUGGCGUGUACACGGGUGCAGAUGGGAACUGAUAACGACUGGGGAGCAUUAACAGGAGGUAUUAAGUUGUUGGACUCUUUUCAUGAUCAAAAUUCUUGAUGUGGUUAUGCAGACUUUAGUAGUAGACGUCAGAAUUUUUUAAUAUAUAUAUAAUUGUCAUGCUAUUGCUAAUGUAUAACGCAGUGUAGUUCUGUAUCUGUUUCCCACCAACAACUCCUUCGAGGUUUGAUUGCGGCGUUUGAGCGCGCGGGGGGCACCUUCGUCGGCAACUGGGAGGCGGACAAACUGCGUCAGAACAGCGACGGCACCUGGACGGUGCACCAAAAGUCAACCUACACGCAGUCAGGCUUGCCAGACUUGACGGCGACGGGCUUGCCGGAUCCGUUCGGUUUCGGCAGCAAAGCGGAGGUGAAUACUCGGGCGAACUUUGUUUUCGUGGGGGCAGGUAUUUAUGAAGUACUUACAUACUUCACUAAAGUUCUUAUGUGUUUGUUGUAGUUCUUGUUUGCAUACAGUUCUAGACCACGAGUAGCGCUUUGCGUAUUUACUUAUUACGUCGUUCUAGUGAGCCAGCAUUGGCGUUGAUUUUAUCGUUUAUUGAACCAGACGAGGAUCUCCGCUUCCACAUGAACAAAUGAACAAGACGACAUGACCAACGCAUUCUACUCACUGCCAAACCACAACUCAAGGUGGCGCCUCGCUCCAGCUGCUGCAAAAAGCGAAGAUUCCGGAAAUCGCGGGGUACGGUGGUUUAUGAAUUGCAAAAGUAUCGUACUAGUAGUAAUUCAUUGCAUUACAAAUUUCCUCAGCAUGAGAAAGAAAAUUUGUAGUGCGGAUAUACCUGAAGAAAAAGUUUUGUAAUGCAUUAUUGCAAUACUACGGGUGCGACACUUUUGCAGAGCAUAUGGGUUCCCCGUUUCCGGGCAGUUUUUCGUCUGCCGCAAACCGGAGGUGGUGUGCCGGCACUCGGUGAAGUGUUACGGCAAGGCGGCGGUCGGGUCUCCCCCGAUGUCGGUCCCGCAUUUGGACCGGAGGUACAUUCUAUCCACUGCAAAUAUCGAUCUGGGUCUGGAAACUUGUGAUGCUAAUUUGCGAAUGUUGGGACGACACCGCAAUGCGCAGUCAAGCAUGACAAAAUUUUUUGAGCUCUUAUGUGUUGUGUUUUCUGCAUGACAAGCUGGGGGUUUGCAUGACAGGCGAGAAGCUAUGGUGUUCCUGCUUUUCUUGCAAGGCAGAUUCAUGAGUCAUGCGGAACUACACGCAUGACAAUCUUGCACUCUAGUACUUCCAGACCAAAGCGUAUUUGCAAUGCAUACAUCCGGGGGGAGGAGCUUCUCCUCUUCGGCCCCUACGCCGGGUUUUCCCCGAAUUUUUUGAAGCACGGAUCGUAUCAAAUGCAAAUAUGUCAUCUGGGUCAGUAGCUGCAAUGCGAACUUGUGAUGCAAGUUGCAGCUCACAAAAAAAUCUGCCUUGCGUCACUCGUCGAAAAGAUGCGCAUGAUCAUGUCUGGCCGUGUUGAGAGGUCGUGGUUUCUCAUGCAGAAUAGGCAACAUGAUCACCAAGGGGCUACAGAACUACUGCCUGUGAUGCUGAGCCUCCAAGUCCAGAUGAAAAAAGUUUGGAAAAACUGCAUGACAAAUCGACCCAGACAUGUUUGCAGUGGAUAGGUCACCGCUGGAUUUGAUCUCCACAGUGAACCCGUUUAACGUCAUCCCCAUGGUCGCGGCCGGCGGGCAGAACAUCGACUUGAGUGUCUACCUGGCGAAAGAAUUAGCGUCCACGAAGGCGGAACGGAUGCAAGUUUUGCGGGAAUUCUUUCCAAACGCACAGGAUGAGGACUGGUCGCAAAUUACGGCGGGACAGAGGGUAUAAUUCUCGGUUUCUUCGUUCUUAACUGGGUUGAAGCAAUUGCUUCAUUUCAUGAGAAACACAAACAAGUUGCUCUUCUAAUUCAAUUUUGCAGGAGCACACAACACAUUCAGCAAACGACCACUCUCGUCUCAGGUGCAAAUCAUGAAGGAAGACAAGGCGAAAGUCGGCAUCAUCCAGUUUGGCACCGAGAUCAUCCAGAAAGCAGACCGCACCUAUCCUGUGCAAAAGUAUCGUGCUCGUAUUGCAAUCAUUUGUAAUACAAAUCUUUUUCUUAAGGUAAAUUCGCAUUACAAAUUAAAAUUUCUCAUGCUGAGGAAAUUUGUGAUGCAUUUAUACGAGUACGAUACUUUUGCAGUUCAUAGCACCAUCAGCGGCUUGAUGGGCGCGAGUCCGGGGGCGAGCGUCUCCGUGCAAAUCGCCUUGGACGUGGUGGAGAAAGCGUGGCCGGAUUUCGUGCAGGGGAAAUGGAAAAACAAGUUGGAGCAGAUGAUUCCCGGGUAUAAAAAACAGCUGAACGAAAUAUGACAGGGCACAACUUCCCCUCUCCCUCAUUUGUCAUGCAAAAUCCCAAACUUAGUCUGUGCCUCUUGGCACUGUUUGCAUGACAAGUUCUGGUAGCCCAAACAGUACUUACUACAUGAGGUACAUGAAUUUGUCAUGCACAGGCUCCAUGUGUGUUGGUGUUUGUAUUGCUGUUCAUGCAAAAAUAGAAAUGAGGGGGAGGGGGAGUUGUGCACUCUCAUACGAAAACAAGGAUUUGUACAAAGAGGUGGCCUUGAAGGACAAAGCCGGGUUAUGCAAGAAAAAAACUGUGUAGGUGUAUACUCUGUGAUGCUGAAAAUGCAAAACUGUUAGACUUGUCAUGCUGGACGUGCGUCGUAGGCUACUUUCAUACGUGUUUCCACGUGCUAGCUGCGCAUGACAGGUUUUCCCUGUAAUCGCAAAACGCAUUUGUGAUGCUGCUCUUCCUACAAAGUUACACUUAAACAGUUUUUUUCCUGGAUACGGGUCGCAUUCUGUGUUGGGGAUUCCGCAUUAGAGGGAUGGAGAAAUAGUAACGGGAGGGGGUGGUACUAAUAUGUGCGUGAAAGAUUUUGAGGAGGUUGAGGUUCCUUGAUCACUACAAGCAAGAAAUAAAUCCUUUUACUAUGGUAUGCAAUACGUUUAUGACAAUACUUGAUGUUCCCUUCGUUUUUAAUAAUUCUGCAACCCGUUCGGAAUAGUAUGCGAAAAUAUCGGCACCCCUUUUUUAAUCCGAACAAGGUGUAGAUGAACUGAGUGAAGCAAAUCAUCGUGCUUUUUACUUUUUACUAUGGACAACAACGCCAGAAAUUAGUUCUUCGCAGACGCAUAAGGAAUUUGGAUAGGACGUCUCUAGUGCUACAUGAUGACAGAAAAAAUUGUUUCAACAUUCGUACGACGGUAACUAGUUUGGACAGGUUCGCUAAGGUUGAGAUAAGGUAUACCGGUAUUAAACAGAAGCGGCUGAAGUACUAUGACAUCACGACAUCGCUAAUAUCAGAUAUAGGAAUAAUCACGCAGAGCUUGGACAGCGGACGGGGAGGACAGAAUUUAUCACGGCUUUGGAUGGAGAAGGAAGGAACGCUGUCGUAUGGGCUUUAUUGUUGUAAAUGCUAAGAGGAAAUGAUCAGAAGUGGAAAUCAGAGCGAAAACGCAGAUGAAGUAGAUAUUACAGAAAAGAAAUCGCAUAUUUUGGAAGUCGGCGUGUAAUAAGUGGGUGGCGGAGUCUCGUUUGUUCACGAAAAUCUUUUUUUCGAGUGGUGGCGCCUUUUCACAUUCACAACAAUUCACCAUGUGUAAUUCGAGAAGGCAGUUCGAGCGAUGUAGGGGACUGGAGGUGAGAGCUGUGGAAUUAGCC